UGACGCCGGCUCUCUUGUUCUUCCCCCGCAGGUCUUCCUGGUCCUCACGAUUCAGCUUCUGGUGACGUUUUCCUUUGUGGCGGUCUUCACCUUUGUGAAGGAAGUGCGGCUUUAUGUGCAGAGGAACACCUGGACCUAUUACCUGUCCUAUGCCAUCUUCUUCUGCUCCCUCAUCACUCUCAGCUGCUGCGGGGACUUCCGCCGCCGACACCCCUGGAAUCUGGUGGCGCUGUCCAUCCUGACCCUCAGCCUGUCGUACAUGGUGGGAAUGAUCGCCAGUUUUUAUGACACGGAAGCGGUAAUAAUGGCGGUUGGGAUCACCGCGGCCGUCUGCUUCACUGUGGUCCUCUUCUCCAUGCAGACAAAGUAUGACUUCACGUCCUGUAUGGGGGUCCUAAUGGUCAGCCUGGUGGUCCUAAUCGUCUUCUCCAUCCUCUGCAUCUUCAUCCGUAACAAGAUCCUGCAGAUAGUGUACGCCGCGCUGGGCGCCCUUCUCUUCACGUGUUUCCUGGCGGUGGACACGCAGAUGAUUCUGGGCAAUAAGCAGUUGGCACUUAGUCCAGAGGAAUAUGUCUUUGCUGCCCUCAAUCUCUACACAGAUAUCAUCAAUAUCUUCCUCUACAUUCUGGCCAUCAUCGGCAAAGCCAAGGAGUGAGUGUUGUGACUUCACAUCCAGUAUUGGGCCCCUCAGUCCGGCCCCGAGGUUCCCCUAUUACCAGGAAAUGUAUAUGAUGCUUCCUUGCUUUGUUUGUGAAUGUUACUGCUUCUUCGCUGAUGACAGCUUCUCUCGCAGCCUGACCCAAUGUGGACAUCCGUUCACGGAAAUGUAGAACCGCUGCCGACCCGAAACACCAGCAUGGAUUACCACAAAUCAGUACCCGUGUACUCUACAUAAUACCACGGAAUGUGACCGAUAAUUACCCAAAUAUUACCCAUAAACCACCACAGGCCGUGACAUGUCUGUCCCCAAAUAUUACCCGUAAACCACCACAGGCCGUGACACGUCUGUCCCCAAAUAUUACCCAUAAUACCACCAC